UUUUCUAGCUCCUAUCGGAUCCACCGUCUAACUGCAGCACCUCCAGUGCUGGAAAGUUGACAGCAUUCACCCUUCCUGGCACCUUGUCAGGGGAGCUCUGGAGAUGAAAACUCCCGACAGCUUCCGUGGAAUUAAAAAGGAAAGCUGACCUGGAGACAGAGGGACGAAGGAUGAACGUUUGAGACCGCGCAGGACAUGUAUUCCUCCGAGAAAUCUUGGACAGCAGAUUUUGGCUUAAUAUCUGAUUGGGGCAACAUACAGAGACAUUUCCAGUCAUGAAUUCAGACCAGGAUGUAGCACUCAAACUUGCCCAGGAGCGAGCUGAAAUAGUUGCUAAAUAUGAUAGAGGACGAGAAGGUGCAGAGAUUGAACCUUGGGAAGAUGCUGAUUACCUUGUUUACAAAGUCACGGAUAGAUUUGGCUUUUUACAUGAGGAGGAGCUCCCAUAUCAUAAUGCAGCAGUGGAACGGCAAAAGCACCUGGAAAUUGAAAGAACUGCUAAGUGGUUGAAAAUGCUAAAAGGAUGGGAAAAAUACAAGAACACUGAAAAGUUUCAUAGGAGAAUUUACAAAGGGAUCCCACUCCAGCUCCGAGGGGAAGUCUGGGCUCUACUUCUUGAGAUCCCAAAAAUGAAAGAAGAUACAAAGGACCUUUAUAAUAAAUUAAAACUCAGAGCACGUGGUUGUUCACCUGAUAUCAGACAAAUAGACCUUGAUGUCAACCGCACAUUUAGGGACCAUAUUAUGUUUAGAGACAGAUACGGUGUUAAGCAACAGUCCCUGUUCCAUGUUCUUGCUGCAUAUUCUAUUUAUAAUACGGAAGUUGGAUACUGUCAGGGGAUGAGCCAGAUCACAGCUUUACUCCUUAUGUAUAUGAAUGAAGAAGAUGCCUUCUGGGCCCUGGUCAAACUCUUCUCAGGCCCCAAACAUGCCAUGCAUGGCUUUUUUGUCCAUGGUUUUCCUAAACUCUUGAGGUUUCAAGAACAUCAUGAAAAAAUACUGAAUAAAUUUCUGUCCAAGCUUAAGCAACAUUUGGAUUCUCAAGAAAUCUACACAAGUUUUUACACAAUGAAAUGGUUUUUUCAAUGUUUCCUUGAUCGUACUCCCUUUACGCUAAACCUCAGAAUAUGGGAUAUCUACAUCUUUGAAGGAGAACGAGUUCUUACUGCUAUGUCUUAUACAAUCUUAAAGUUACACAAAAAACAUUUAAUGAAAUUGUCUAUGGAAGAACUUGUAGAAUUUCUUCAGGAGACCUUGGCAAAAGACUUUUUCUUUGAAGAUGACUUUGUAAUAGAUCAACUUCAGAUUUCUAUGGCAGAACUAAAGCGGGCAAAAUUAGACCUUCCAGAACCUGGUAAGGAGGAUGAGUUUCCAAAGAAGCCUUUGGGACAGCUUCCACCUGAACCUCCGUCUGCUGGCAUUAGUCACCUGAGCAAUGGACAAAGUGUUGGCAGAUCAAGUCCCCAUAAGAUCAGAAGAGAGAGUGGCUCAUCGCCUCACAGAAAGCCCGAGCAUUCCCCUCACCCUCAAGGCAGAAUUGGUACACCAGAAAGAGCGAGGCAGCCAAGACGGGCAUCAGUGGAGGAGGACAGUAAAAAGCUUAAAGAUGAAGCAGACUUUCAAAGAAAACCUUCAUCAGGUCCACAAGACAAUACUAGGCAAUAUGACCAUGCAUCUGCUAACCAAAAUAGCAAUGCUCUUUCAAAUAUCAGGAAGGAAUUUGUGCCCAAAUGGAAUAAACCAUCAGAUGUUUCAGCUAUUGAAAGAACUGCCAGAUAUGCCACUGAAGGCAAGAGUCGAUUUGCACACCCCACGCUUACCGUCACCAUCCCGAAUUCUGCAGAUCCUCGGGUGACAAAUGCAAGGCAGAAGAUGAAGGUCUGGGAUGCCGAUGAAGGGAAACGGGGCUCGAAUGCAUCACAGUAUGAUAAUGUACCUGAAAAUGAAAAUGGCCCGUCUGUUGUAGAGGCACUAGAAAGGGCUUACUCUCAGAGUCCGAGGAAUAUUGUUUACACGCACAGUCCAAGGAAGCAUCCUGAGCCAAGUUCUAGUCCAUCAAAAGUAUCAAACAAGUUUACUUUUAAAAUGCAGCCUCCAAGUUAUGCAAAAUAUCCAGCUCACCUAGAUGGGGAAGAUCGAGGGCCCGUGCACCCCCCAUCUUACAGCAAUCCCCCUAUUUACCACGGAAAUUCUCCAAAGCACAUCCCCACCACUAACAGCAGCUUUGUGUCACCACAGUUUAGCCAUGGAGCUCAAAUGAAUCCUCCCAGGAGACCUCAUGGUUCCGCUCUUUCCAUCAAUGUUUCUCCAGAGAAAUCUCACAGCCGUCCAGCUCCUGUUGUCUUACCAUCUAGUCGCAUAGAAGUUCUUCCCAUUGAUAUUGGUGCUGGGGGAUAUUCGGGCAAUUCAGGGUCACCAAAGAAUGGAAAAUUCCUCAUUCCUCCAGUGGAUUAUUUGCCAGAUAACAGAAAAUGGUCAGAAGUCAGUUACACAUACAGACCUGAGAUGCCUGAACAGGCAUGGACUCGGGAUGCUAACCGUAGCCACUUAAGCAAUUUAACAAAAUAUUCUGCCUUUCAACAUGUAUCCUUUCAGGACCAUGGUCUCCCCCCAGUUUCUGUGGAUGGUCCAGUGCGGUAUAGAACUUCCCCAGCUUUAGAAGAUGCCAGCUCCUCUGGGUAUCAGUAUUCAGGGUCCUCGGCUCCAGUCUAUCACUACAGAAAGCGAGAUGGACUUUCUAUUCAAGAGUCGGUAUUGCUGUGAGAAUUCAUCUAUACUUGCUGGAGACGAGAGUGGAAAUCUCGCAGAAUCUACAUUGCUAUGUUUGUAAUUGCCAAAGCAGUAUUUUGUACCGUUGUAAACAUCUUGCACAAUUCUCAUGUUAGUAAUAAGAAUAGAUGGGAGUGUUUUCAUCCCCAUGUAGAUGCUGCUGAAGAUGAGCAUUGUAAUUGCAUCAUCACUGAAUCUAUUAAUUUACCGUGGAAACAUAGCAAUAGCAUUUAGGGAUGCACACAAAAUAAAUUAAUUACUCAGUUCCAUUUAUAACUUCUCAACACCUAACACUUUACUCUAUUAGCCCAUUUUACUUUGAGUAAUGUUACAAAGCACUGAAAAACUGUCUAUGAAUAGUAGACAUUUUUAAGGCUCUAUGUAGAGUAUGUGUCUUUAAAUAGAUAUAGACAUCUACACAUACACACUUCAACACAGAACUAAUGAAACAUUAAAAAACCUGCUUUAAUAUAGAUCCAUGAAAUAAUUUAUCCUCCUUUUUUUCUUUAACUGGUCUUUUAGUCAAGUCCCCCCACCCCCUCAUAUUUUUUAACCCAGAUCCUAAAUUGACAUAAGGGUUUGCCCUUAGGUGAUUAAUUCAGAUCUCACAGAAUACUCAUUUUCUGCUGCCGUUUUCUUUCAAUCUGAAAAUUAAAGACAUUAGAGGGAAAGUCUAACCACUUAAUGGUGCUUAAAAAUUGUGGCAGUGAAAGUAAGUUGAAGGCCACAGGUGUAAGUAUCCAUGUGCCCAGAUGUGCAGGCUCAGUGUAUCCGUGGGCACCGAGAUCUGUUCCUGCCUCUGCGCCCUUGCUCUGGCCUGCUCACAAAGCUCAGAGCAGAAUGCUCCUGCCAGAUGUGAAGGGAAUGCGGUGGCCCAGGCUGCAGCUGUCCCGUGGGUGCCCGUGGGAGAGGCAGCAAGUUCCCAUGGGGCAGCAGAGCGCACUCCCGGAAAUUCCUUUGAAAGCAGGAUUAGCAAUAUGGUUGCUUCUUCUGACUUUCAUUUUCUGCAGGGCCUCACUACAAAGGGCUGGGUGGUCCUUUACAUGAUCUUUUUCCUGGCACUCUUUUCUUUCAAGAAUAUAGUUAAUGGAUAUUGCCGCCGCUUAGGCCAUUAAAUUAUCAGCAUGUAAAAUUGUAAAAAUGAUCUGAAUUAUGGCCUUUUAUUUUUUAAUAGUGUGACUUCCAUAAUUUCAAAAAUACUUUUCUUUUUCAGGGACAAAAAUUCAGGUCCAUGUUAAAAAAAUUAGCAAUGUCUUUUACAAUAUUCUAUUUACACUACAGUUACCAAAACACUGACAAAGUUUGGACAAUGCCAAGAAAAUAUGACUUUGUGUUUAAUUGGAGAGCUUGUUUUCAACAUUAUUUGUUCACAUUUGAACAAUAGAGUGGAAAACCUAACGUUGAGGGUUCUUCUCAUUGUAAGUUGUGGCUUUAAGCUUUCAAGGUACAGAAGUAUGUCUUUUAAAAUGAAAGUAACAUUUGUUUAGCUAGUGAAUGUGACAAUUUUUAUGUAUAUAAUGAGUCUAAUGUAAUCUUAAUCAUCUUGGUAAUGAUGUUAUUAAAUGACAAAACAAAUGCAGUGUAUUAGCAGGUGAGCACUACACGGAAGCUCAGACAAAAUCCUGACGUCACUGGGCUCUUGAUUCAGAUCAUGUGAAGCUUGGACAUAAAUGUAUGUAAAAAUGUAGCUGAGGACAUUAAUUCUAAUUUUUAAAUCAUGAUUCUGUGACUUGUAAUAAAUCAAGCUGUACAAUUUAGUUCAUGAUAGCAGCAUCUGAGCUGCUCCAAAAUCUAUAUAUCAACAGUGGUAAAUACUGUAGAUUUAUAUAUAUAUGUAUGUAUGCAAAAUAUGUAUACACACACACUAUUUUCUUAUGUCAUCUAUGACAUUUUUUAUCUGUAUACUUUUUUUGAUGUGAUUGUUUUUAACAUGCUAAAAGUAAUACAUAUAUUUUGUUUUGUGUCU